AUGUCUAACGAAUGCAGAUUUACACUUGUUGGAAAAUUCAUUAAAACCAGACCACAAAUAGAGAAACUUCGAGCAAGAUUCGCGGAGAAAAUUACGGUCAAAGGUAAAGCUACUAUCGGGGUUUAUGACUACCGAACUGUCUUUCUUAAUUUCUCGAUGGAGGAAGAUUUUAAGGCUGUGUGGUAUAAAAGAUCCAUUGAAAUUGAUGAACAAGUAAUGUGGUUGGAAAAAUGGACACCGGAGUUCAAACCCGAUGAGGACUCUCCGAUAGUCCCUGUUUGGGUAUUGUUACCUGGUUUGCCUUUCCAUUUGCACACCUGGAAUUAUGUAAAACAAGUAGUAGCCCCAAUAGGAACUCCACUCACCAUGGAUGCUGCAACAAAAAAUCGAACCAGACCAAGCAUGGCCAAAGUGAGAGUGGAGGUAAACUUAACCAAGACCAAGUUAACUUCUAUUUUUGUUGGAACGGAGGAUGAAAAUUUCCCUCGAAAAGGUUUCUACCAGAAGAUCGAAUAUGAGAAUGUACCAAAAUUUUGUACUCAUUGCAGAAUUUUAGGACAUUCUAUAUUGCAGUGUAGAAGGGUUGAAAAAAAGAAAGUUGAGGAGGUGGAGAACAAAGAAAAUAGGAAGUUAACGCAGAACAAUAAGGUACAGGUUGAGGAAAGUGUUGAUGAUGAUAAUGUUGUAGAAACUAAUCAGUAG